GAAAGGUCCACCGGCAAAAACCUCACGGUCACCCGACAGGGGAGGGAGUGACAUAAGCAAUAGCCGAGGGCGCCGACGCUAAUCUCGUCAAUGGCGAAUCAUCGUCGCCGAGUGACAAAGCGAUCGCGACUGCCGAAAAUUGUUGAAAGACCAAUAAUACCCAGGCCUUCUUGAGCCACAGACAUUAAGGGAUCACUGCCCUUCGCUCGUGCAGUGCCCUCCAGCACCUUAUGAAACCGCCGAUUUGUAUCAAUCAUCUCGGUCACAUUCGUACCAUCAAUCAAUCGAGAUUCCCACCUCUCGCCUUCACAUCUAGCCCCCGCAAAAUGACGGUGGCCGCUGAACCCCGACAUCCUCCCGUCUGCGCCGAAGCGCAGGAUCUUCGGAUCCUUCCAAUCCCCUCCAAAUCUGACCUACCAUUGAAUGGCGAUCUAAACAAUACGUCGUCCAUGCGCGUGGUUCUAAAACCUGAACGUCAUCCUGAUUUUGCCUACCGAUCGCUUUCUAUCCCGGCAUCUAUGGAUGAGCCUACGAUCCGUUCGAGAUAUCGACCGUUCUUGCUCCCGGACAAUGUCCAACAGCAGGACUGGGUCAGCAAGCUGGAGCUCGCCACUGUGACUGAAUUGGCGUAUAACGACUUGAGAAUAACAGGCGAGAGGAUUAGAGUUUUGAUAUUGUACGGGAGUCUUCGUCGAAGGUCCUAUUCGAAACUUCUCGCCUUUGAAGUCGCCCGUAUACUUUGGCGGCUCGGCUGUGACGUGCGCGUCUAUAACCCGCAAGGUCUGCCUGUCAAAGAUGAUGACCAGCAUAGCCAUCCAAAGGUGCAAGAACUACGAGACCUCAGUCGCUGGAGCGAUGGACACUUCUGGGUGUCACCGGAGCAACAUGGUAAUCUUACAGCCGUCUUCAAGAACCAAAUUGACUGGAUCCCGUUAAGUACUGGAUCGGUGCGACCUACACAGGGACGCACCUUAGGAUUGGCAAUGGUCUCCGGGGGAUCACAAUCUUUCAACACGAUCAACAGCCUGCGUGUUCUAGGCAGAUGGAUGCGGAUGUUUACCAUCCCCAACCAGUCAUCAGUUCCGCAGGCCUACACCUUAUUUACAGGCGAGGACGCGGACGAAGGCGGGUCGAGAUUAAUGCCGGGAAGUAAUCGAGACCGACUGGUUGAUUGUGCUGAGGAAUUUGUGAAAUACACCGUUGUUAUGCGGCCGCACUUCGCCUUGUUCGGUGACCGCUUUAGUGAACGAGAGCCGCUGGCCAUGAACUAAUGAUAGACCAUGGAUCCUCUGCUGCUAAGAACUGCGAGCAUCUGACUCAUUCUAGUACAUAUACCUAUAUAGAAAGCAAUUGGAGUUGAAGCCAGCGGAUGUACUCAUAUGGGGUAUGGGACUGGCGCUGAAAUUAUCUACCACCUACAUCUCCGGCGGCAGGAAUUUAACAGCCUCCCCGGCCCAAUUAAAAUAGGCCAGUGACAUGGCUUCCGAUUUUGCCGGAUCAUCGAAACUCCCCACUCUGCCCGUUUCAGCAAUCGCCCGGCAAUAAAUCGGCGGGUGCUUCGGCACCACCUAGCAAGAGAUACCACCGAUGGGUCGUUCUCCAACCUCCACACUCUGGAGUCUGCGUGACAAGGCAGGAAGAAUACAAAUUCUCGCUCAUGUGCGCUUUAAGCCUGCAUUCAAAUAUUCCAUGUGACUAGUCUUCCCAGUUCCAACGACCGGCAAUCCAUCUCACAACAUAGACAAGUGAAAUCAAAACCGGCACCUCAAUUAGGGGACCGACGGUAGUGGCCAGAGCCUCGUCGCUGGUAGCUCCAAAGGUGGCCACCGCAACCGCGAUCGCCAGCUCGAAGUUGUUGCUGGCUGCAGUGAAGCUCUGAGUAGCUGCAAGUUUGUAUCCGAACCCGAGACGUUUUGUGAUCAACAGUGUCAAAAAGAAAAUGACCACAAAGUAUACAAUAAGAGGCGCAGCGACUCGCACAACUGAGACAAUUUGAUGGACUACUUGCCUUCCCUGGGAGGCGAAUAGGACGAGAAUCGUGUAGAGAAGCCCUAAAAGUGACCACGGAGCGAUCCACUUGAGGAAUUUCUGGUCGUACCAGGUAGCGUUGAUGCGCCUGAGGAUUAAGCGGGUCGCAACGGCAGCUCCAAGAGGUAUCCCAAGAAAGACCCCGACGCUUCGGGCGACUGUCGAGUACGCAACUUUGGAGUCUCCGCCGUGGCUUAUAACGUUGACGAAAAGAAUAGCCAGGGGUGCGUAGAGGACCAUCUGCAGGAUUGAAUUAAAGGCCACAAGAAUUGCGCAAUACUCCUCAUCCCCUCCGGCAAGACCUGUCCAAAUCAAGACCUUCGACGUAGUUUUGUUAGUGAAUACUUCAUUCAACAACAUAGAUGAGCGCGCUCACCAUGGCAAUGCAGCGUGCUAGACCCACAAAUAUGAGGCCGUUCCGAAGUUCAGGUCGAUCCGGCAGGA